AUGAGCAAAAAGUUUCGAUCAGUCCAAACACAACAUGCUCAUCUCAUGUCCCUUGCCAGUCGGGAGGCUUUGAAUCGGGACUACGUGACGAGACCGGAGUUCCGGGCGAUUGUGCAAGAAGAAUACAAGCAAGUCCUGCAAGAUCACGCCAAGCGCCUGGCUGUUGUGGAAGCCCAGGUGCAUGAAGAAAAGCAGGCUCGGGUAAAGCUCCACAAAGAUGUCAUUGAGCUGGCUGCCCAUAUCGAGGAGGAGCUGAAUCUCACCCAGCCUCAAGUUGCAGCUGCGCAUAAAUGGCUGCAAAGUUUGGACGCAAGGUGCCAAGGGCAGCAUGAUGAAGUUCUGAAGGCGUUGAAAACCCAAGAGGAAGAGUUGCAACAGGCUGAGGACAAGUUGCGACAGGAGGCAAAGGUCAUAUCGAAGAACCUUGAUGGAGAAACUUUAGAGCGCAAGGCCUUUUUGAAAUUCACCAGACUGGUGGUGAAUUUUCGAAUUCGGGAGAUUUUUUUGCCCUUGGUAACGUGA